CUCUUCUCGAUGGGCAGGUCGUUCAGGGACUCGCUGAAGCUGCUCGAGGCCGACAUCCAGCACGCCAACUCGCUCGCCUCUGAAUUUCGAAGAGACUAUGAUGGUGCCUGUCUUCAGAUGAGGAUGUCAUACUGUCCGGCUGCACACCUUUUCCUUUUUCUUGUGCAAUGGACAGACUGCAACCUUGCCGGUGCGCUUGGGCUGUUGAGGAUUCUCAUUUACAAGGUUUAUGCUGAUGGGACAACCACCAUGUCCACUCAUGAAAGGAAAGCAAGCAUUAGGGAAUUUUAUGCUGUCAUAUAUCCUUCUUUGGCGCAAUUACAUGAAGGAAUUAAUGAAGUGGAGGAUAAAAAACAAAAAGCAAUUUGUAUAGAGAGGUAUAGAAGACGAGAAGAGGAUCACAAAAGGGUGAUCUCAGAGAUUGAUGAUAAUAUAGAGGAAGAAUGUGGCAUAUGCAUGGAGAUAAACGGCAAAGUUGUCCUUCCAACUUGUAGCCAUGCUAUGUGCAUUAAAUGCUACCGUGACUGGAGAUCAAGAUCCCAGUCCUGUCCAUUCUGCCGGGAUAGCCUCAAGAGGGUAAACUCAGCUGACCUCUGGAUAUACACAGAUAACAGAGACAUAGUGGACAUGGCGACGGUUCGAAGAGAGAACCUGAGGCGUCUCUACAUGUACAUAGAUAAGUUGCCCACAGUGAUCCCUGAAUCCGUUUUCGAGGUAUAUGAUUCCCACGUGAAGUGACCUCGUGGUCUUGCUCAGCGUGCGCCAAUUGUUCAUCGGUGCGCUGCUGCUAGUGCUGUAGACAUUUGUGGAGCCCCAGGCGGCUGGUGCCGUGAGCUUAUGGAUGCUCCGAGCAGCUUCGCCGGGGAGGCUCCGUAUGUAAGGUAUAUAUGUAAAUUAUCGUCAGUUGUAUCCACACGACCUUUGUCAUGUGUUAGGGAGUCUGACGCCUUUGGCAUGUAAGUAAUGAAUCAUUGACCAUUAAGCAUUUCACCCAUGCUUGUUUGGGGGAUGUCAUUCCGGAAUCUGGAAGGAUGUAUUCUGUUUGAUGUU